CCUUUGUAGAACUCUUCAUCAUCAUGUGAUGCAGGGAGCAAAGUGAAAAUAAACAGCGAAGAUACUAAGAAUGCAAAUACAAAUGCUCGUAAUUGUUGAUGUGUAUGGAUGUCAAGAUGGUCAGUUGAUAACAAGACCCUGAUGACCAUGGCUGAUCCUCCGGGAUGGACACACCUUCUGUUGGAGUCGGGCCAACUGGACAAUCUUCAAACCCCACUCCGGGGAUCAGCUCGCCUAAAGUUUACAUGUCUGUCAGUAUCUGCAAAAUUCAUAGCAUUGGGGAGCAACACUGGAAAUGUGUACAUCUUUGAUAGAAACACUCUAAAACAUCUUCAAGUUGUAUUUCCUGAAGUGGAUCCAUCAGCAGUAAAUGUUGUGGCCUUGUGUCCCAAUGAGAAGUUGGUGGCUUUCUCAACAUUGAAUGGCCAUGUCGUAGUGAUGGAAAUGAACAUCGACAGACGAGCUCGGCCAGAGAGACUGAAGCUUGUCACUGAGCACGUGCGAACUACAGUCACCUGUAUACAGUGGGAACAUUCUGGUGGGAAAAUCUAUGUAGCUGACGUCACAGGCAAAGUUUCCAUGUCUGUCGUCCCCAAGGUGAAGAACCUGGUAGAGAUGCCUGUGAAUGUCAUUAUGCGCCUUGAGUCGUCGGUUAUCCAGAUGGACUGGUCAGACAACAAAUUAUUGGUUUCCACCAUGACCAGAGCCUACUGGUGUGAUACCAUAAAACAACAAUAUUCACCGGUUGGCAAAAAACCAAGAGAGGGAGAGUACGGAGGCUGUUUCUACAAGCUCAGUAAGACGUCCUUUCCCAUGAUGUACUGUGCCCGGCCAAGUUCUCGUGUCUGGGAGGUAGACUAUGAAGGCAAUGUUCUCAGUACUCAUCAGUUUAAACAUCUUUUGGCCAUACCUCCUAUCAAAGUGAUUGACAUGAAUGAGACAGAAUGGGUUACUACACCAGCGUCAGAGUGGGCUGGACAGGGCAUCAACUUACCUCGUCUGAAGAUGUUGGGGUCACAGUAUUUGGUGAGCUGGAGAAACAACAGAGUGUACAUUCUAAACCCAGUUAAGGUGAAAGUCAUUCUUUGGACAGAACUAGGCACAGGCAUCAAGGACCUUUGCACAGUGAAAAGUGACAUGUACCUGUUUCUUACGAGUGGUGAGGUACGGAGGAUCCAAAUGUUUUCUGUGUCACAAGUGGUCUCCAUCCUCCAGAAGAAAAAUGUGACACUGGCCGCAGAUAUUUGCUGCAAAUUUCAGGAGGUACUCCUCCAGGGAAAGUGGCGUAAACAUUUAUCAAUGGAAAGGUUACAGGUCCUUCAGCAGCAGAUCAAGGGAACAGACCUGGAGCAAGUAUACAACAAUUUUAUGGUUGAAAUCAUAAAAAAAGAAAGUGCUGAUUACUCAGAUGAUGAUGGCAGUUCCGAGUCUAACAGGAGCAGGUCGAGUAGUUCUGCUUCUGUUCAGAGUUACAACAGGAUCAUGAGCACAUUCAGAAGGGAAUCAACAGAGGAAGACAUCUUAAAUGGUGUUGCCACAGUUACUGAUGGUGAUAUAGACAAUACAGAUGUUUCAACAACAAACCUUCCUCCUGAUAAUGAAAGUUUUGUUCAGAAAGAUGAGAUCCAACAUGAUAAUGGUGCUAGUAAUAAUUGUCCUAGUGAUACUGAAAUUGUGCAGGAACAACAAAAUAUAUCCGAGGAAAUACAUAUAGGUAAACCACAAACUAGGUCAAGGUCACAAGGAUCUGAUGAGGACAUGUUAGACAAACAUGUUGUCAAGGUAGGAGACAAGGAUGAGAUUUGUGAUGGUAACCUGGACUCCACAUGUGACCUUGACCCUAGCUGUGACCUUGGCAUUGAUAUUGACAGAGACAGAAAUGGUGAGACAUCAUCAGAGAUUAAAAGAGUCUUUCUUCAUGCGGAUAAUAACCAUGAUGAUGUAGCUACCCCUCCUACAGGAGAUGAUAUAGACGGCAUUGUGCAAGUCGAAUCACAUAAGAUCCAGCAAAACGACGAAGAUCUCGCCCCAGUGGUGGCAAAGAGUCCGAGUAUGGAGGCAUCCACUUCUCUAGGGAGAGGGAAGACAAAGAGACGAGUUAAAACUGUGGAUCUUGGAAUUCCCAGCAAGGGGAACAAAAAUAAGCUUGUACAGAAAGGUACCAAGUCUGGUGGAGGGAUGAAGCGUUCAUUAAGCACCAGUAUAAUUGAGGGGGGAAGAAAGGACACAGAUUCCUUAUUAAAGAAGGCAGUUUCCCUGGACAUCUAUAAGGAUGACAUUUUUGCUGAGGAGACUGGAGACUUAAUUACAAAUCCAACACAGAAUGUUGUAGAAAGUGAGACAACUCCUUUGUCGGAUGUCAAGCUGUCCAGUUCUGGUUCAAGGUCUUCACACAGUGUGACGACAGAAGGUGACCUUAAUCCUGUCUUGGUAUCAUCCUCUAAACCACUGAACAAUGGGACUCUGUCCAAUGGCAGAAAGCCUGAUGGAAUGAUAAAGGUGAAAAGUGAGUCAGACAUUGCCAGCAGCCUCAUGUCAGCUCAUAGUGCUCCUCAGAAAAACACUGGAGACAGACGCCACUCAACUCUCAACGGUAGCAGUGAAGGAAAAGAGGCAGAGUUCUCAAAUAGUUACGACAGUAAACAAGCUGAGUUCUCAAACAGUUAUGAAAGAAAGCAUGCUGACCUGACCUCUAGUUUUGACUCCAGCAGUCUUGGGUCGUCCCCCUCUCAGAGUCCGCUCAGUCAGUCAUGGGAGGGACCAACAGGAAACAGUCACACAGCUGGCUCCUCUCCUAAAGUAUCACUCAGCAGUAUGAAGGAUAGUUUGCAGUCCAAGUUCACGGUGACCAAGAGGAAGUUACUGAAGACAAUUAAGGAGAAGACAUCGCUGUCUAAAUCUCCCUCUAAUGAUGACCUCUCCACCAUGAACGUCCUGUCAAAGUCUCUUUCCUCCGAGGACCUUCUCACAAUGGACUCUGUACCGAAUAAGGGAAAAUUAGGCUUUGGCAGCAUUGUGGAGAACAGUUCUGAACAAGAAGAGAAACCAGAGCUGAAACCACUGGUAGAUUUAUCUGAGUUAAUGACAAAGACUGAGACAACGCUGAAGGCACUACAGGACACUGAUGUGGUGUUGAAUGCUGUGGCUGUAAAGGACACACUGACAAGCUGGGUGGUGGAAUUAAACCGUACGCUACACGUUUUACACACAGAACUUUACACAGACCGGCUAGCAAAGAUCUCAACAGACAGCACUACUUUGGGUGAAGUACAGCACAAAUCACUGGAUAGAAAGAGUUUAGGUGUUGUGAAGGAAGAAGAAUUGCAGGAAGAAGGGAAGGAAACUUUAGAUCCUUACAGUGCAGACAGGUGGACAGAAUGUUGGUCAAAUACAGAAAGUGGUGGACAGACAACCGGUCAAUCACUUAACAGUGACACAUGCUUUGUAGACACCAGUGGACAACAUGAAAAAGUCACAGAUCAAAUAAUGCAAUCACCUGGUAAACCUUGCUCGGAGGUGUGUCUCGCGGAAUUAGCUUACCAAGUGAGUGACAGUAUCCAUUGUAAUGACCCAUUUAACAUGCCAGAUGACCUCUUUCACAAUGUUGCUGAUCUAGCGUUGGCCUGUUUCAUGGCUGGUUGCUAUGGUGAUGUGUCUGUGCAUUCCAAACCUUCAACAACUAAAAACUGUAUUGACAACAAUAAGGAUAUUCCCUCAGACUCUUUGAGAACCAAGGAUGAUAUGUUUAUGCAACAGUCUAGGGAAGAAAAUUCCAAAGUUUGUGAUAAUGGUUUACUUUCAAAUACUCCACGGCAGCCGACCUCAUUCCAGGACUUGGGACAUUCCAUAGACAAGGAUCUGUCUGUCAGGGGACAGGAUUCACCUGUUGAGGAUAUUUUUACAUUUAUGCAGAAUUACUGUUUUCUGCUGGACUUCCGUAGAAUACAGGAAAAUAUACAUACUUACCAAGGAAACCUGUUUCAGUUCUGGUGUACCUAUGUCAGAUGUUUACAUGAGUUUUACAAGAAUGACACGUUUUUUGUGAAGUUGAUGAAUAAGGAGGUCCAUUACGCUGUAGACAUCUUGAGAACAGGAAACUACAGUGCAGAGAAAGUUCUGUCCUAUGUUAUCAAGUUAUUUGAGGAGAAUAGAGACCAAGCUUUAGAGGUUUGUCACGACAGUCCCCACAUACAGCCCCUCGACGUGUACUUCAUGUGUCAAUACCACAGCCAGUCUGUCAGCCAGUGUUUCUCUCCCUUCAUGUACGCCAGGGUCAGUGACGUCAUGACAACCAACAGAUAUAGUGAUUCGGUGUAUGGCCAUCCCCUUGUCCGCCUCAAAUGGCUUGAGAUGUUGUUGGUCGAGAACAAACCAGCCACAGAACUGACUUUGAAGGACAACGUCCCAAGACCAGGAAGUCAUUUAGCAAAUUGGAAUAAAACAGAGUUCAUACUCCAUGUCCUAAAUUCAGCAGCAGAUGAUACAGAGAGAAAGGAAUUUCUGGGGCUUGUACAGUCCUCAGGUUUUUGGAUAGGUUAUCUACGGUUACUGCAGCAACUACAAAGCCGGAAGGAAGUCCUAGCUACAGUUAUACUGCUAGGGGACAUUGACCUGUUUGGUAACAAACACAACUACAUGCCUCAGACAGAACAGGAGUGGACUUUCGUGGUGCAGACAUUACACAAACAGUACCAGUCUCGAUGGUCUGGUGUCCGCACUAGAGUGUUGCUCAAAGGUCAACAGGUCGGUAAAGGGGAUGUGUCAAAAGAAAACUGUGACGAUGUAGUAGAUCAGAUGGACAACUCGGUUAACUUUAGUCUUCCAAAAGGGAAUGUGUCAAAAGACAAUUGUGAUGAUCUGAGUUAUCUGAAAAAUGGAGGGAAUGUGCCAAAAGACAAUUUUGAGAAUCAAGAUUUAGAAGUAAGUAAAAAUUUAACAGAGUUUGCAGCAGACACACGUAAUGGUAGAAGCUCCGGAAACAUUUCAGAUAAUAGAUCAAGUCACCGCACAACAGAACAUUUGUUUGAUGAAGGUAAUCAACUUACCUGUUCCCAUACUGACAGAGACAAUGUACCCUGUGAAGGAGAUUAUAGCAGCCCUAGUUGUAUAUCAUGGGACGACUUUACUUCAUUGAUGUUGUGCCACCUUGGACCUGUUGCCACAGUAACCAUUCUCCAGGAAUGUGACAUACCAAAGGGGAAAAUGUCUUCUUACUUCCAUCAGUCGGCCGUAGUUACCAUGUUACUGAACAGAACCAAACGAAAUGUGACACAUAACCUGCUAGAGAAGCUGGACUCUUACCUGUGGGCCAAGAAACCUACUACCCUGAUGCCAGAGCUUCGAUACUCUGUGAUGCAGGAGAAAAUGGCUAAAGGUGCCUCUCUGUCUACCUCACAGAAGGAAAAAGAUAGUCUGUUUACGUACCUGCCAGAAGCUGCCCUGCCUUGUGGGAGAUAUCAGGAGGAUACAGAGAGUCACUGGGGCAUCAGUGUCAAGAUGACCAGGAGUUGUAUGUGUUGUAACCUAUCCCUGACAGAGGCUGUUUCCCAUGUGGAGCCUGGAGUCCUCUCCUUCCAGUGUGGCCAUGUGUUCCACCGACUGUGUGUUCCAGAGAAGAUGUGCCUUUUGUGUGGCCUUCCCACUCUACAGCAGCUUGCAUGUGUGUGACAAACCACAUUGUAUGUGUCAUGUGCCACAUGUGUGACAAACCCCAUUGUAUGUGUCAUGUGCCACAUGUGUGACAAACCACAUUGUAUGUGUCAUGUGCCACAUGUGUAAUCAAGACAUUUCAUAGCAUCCGACUCGUAACUUGUCAUGACAACUACUGUACAUGAUUUAUGUAAACUUUCCUUAUUUCACAACAGUUAUGAAACAAAUUAUUCCAACUUUUAUUUAACACUCUUGUUGGCCUGGGUGGAAGUGCUCAGGAGGUCUUAUUGUGGAAGGAAACUGGAGUACCCAAAGAAAACAUACAUUGUCGGACAGGUGACCCAAUACCUUCUCACAUUCGAUUGGGGAAUCAAACUCCGACUAGUACUGUCUUGGUGAAAGACUUGUGCGCUUUCCACUGUGCCACCCAACCACCUACCGGUAGCUAUAUGACUUAUGACACAUGUGCAAUUGUGAUAGUCCACAAACAAAAGUGAUCUGUGCUGUCAUAUAUAACAAAAGGUGACAUUUUCACCUGACAGCUAACAACUUUCAGAUGACCUUCCUUCCAACAGUCAAUGUUACUUGUACUUGAGCAGGUAGCUCUUAUUUUUCGUGUCAAUGUUUUUUGUGACCUUCCGUCUUUAAAACAUUCUUUUCUACAUAACACUUCUAUUGACAUCUACAGAAACGUUCACUUCAUGAUCAUUCUCCUGACAGUGUGUAAACGUUUUCUGAAAUUUUCUGACCAUUGAAACCUUUGUGGCCUGAUCAAUAUUGAGUCACUUGUGAAGUCUGAUAUCUUGACAAACAUCGGAGGCUCUGUCACUGUUUAACAGAGUCUGACAGGGUGCGUGCUCUCCUCUCCACAUCGGGGCAGAAAGAAGGAGCUGAAAAGGGAUAUAAGUGUGAGUGAAAGGAUUUUGAAAUAAUUCAGCAUGUAAAACCUGAAUGUAUUCAGAAUAUUUUGGUACAACCUGAAAUGUUGUAGAAACUAUUGCGGUGAUGUGAUACGACAUUUUGGCAGCCUCUCGCACUGCCAUGGAAUCAUGAAAUUAUUAACUCGAUUUUAAUAUUGUUUUUUACUCACUUUCAAUGAAGCAAAUUAAAUGUUGCAUUGAUCCCUGAUGUACUAAUUUGCUGAAAUUGUGAUAAGCCUAUAUAGAAAAUACUUGUAUGAAAGCAAUGCCACCUGCUAUCUCAAUUUGAUGUAACAAAUAUCCCUAUUAUUCAUUGUACAUACAUGUUUGUACACAGCCACUUAUGAACAACUUCAUAAAAUCAUGCUUUACUGCAGUGCCAAAUUAAGAAAACUUCAAAAAUUUCAUGAUCAAUAGUCAACAUUUAAAUCAUCUUCUAAUUAAUUGCACUAGCUUCAACUGACAUUGAUGGCAUAGUUAACUUAAUCAUAUGACAUAUAUGUACAAUGUAUAUGUAUUAUACUUGAACUUAGUAUUAUUUAGUAUACUGUGUGAACCUUUCAUUGAUUAAAAACAUUGUCAUGUUAUCAUGCAUGAAUGUAAUAAGAGUUAGAUAGGGUAACAAGGUCAUAUCUUGAUUCUAUCCUUUGUCAGGUUAGGAUGAUUGUAGCCAUAUGGGUAAAAUUAAUUGUACAUUAACUGUGGCAUGUUAAAAUGUAUCCUACACACUUAUUAUGUUCUUUUCAAAGUUUGGAAGAUUAUAACUAUUUAGGUAAAAGUGGUUAUAAACUAUGACAUAUUUAACAUGUAACAUAUUCUAUACUGUAUUUAUACAACACCAUUAUUUGCCAUUUUAUAUGUGUACAGCUAUAUAGGUAAUAUGUGUAUACUAUGACAUAUUUAACAUGUAACAUAUUCUAUACUGUAUUUAUAAUACACCAUUAUUUGCCAUUUUAUACGUGUACAGCUAUAUAGGUAAUAUUUUAUGUAUACAAUGACAUGUUUAAUACUGCAAAACUGUGAUAUUUCUGUCUUCAGUGUGAGGGAUGGAACAAAUUGUGAUACAGUGUAUUUCCAUCGUCUGUCUGCAGUGUACAAAUGUGAUCAGUACUUAGUACUAGAGCCUGUAUGUGAGUGUACUAGAGCCUGUAUGUGAGUGUCCAGGUAAAUGUGAACAUUCCAAACAGCUAGCCUGUGUAUACUGUAAAAGCCUAUAUUUUCGUUGGGGUUAAAUUUCGUGGAAUCAAUAUUUUAAAACCCUGUGUUUUUUUUGUAUUUUUUUGAUACCUGGACAAGAAAACAACAUGUACUGUGUAUAGGUGGUAAGUAUUUACUAUCGUAUAAUUAUGAGAGGUUCUAGCUUUAUAAACACUUACACAUUGUAUAAACUAGCCUAAAAAUAACCUUCAUGUGCCUUAUUAGAACCUAUACAUGAAAACAUGGUAUGUGCUAGUCUGCAUGUGUCUGGUGUUAACAUGUAAACAUGGUAUGUGCUAGUCUGUAUGUAUCUGGUGUUAACAUGUAAACAUGGCAUUUACAUGUACUAGUCUGUAUGUGUCCUGUCCUUGUAAACAUGUAUUCAUUUGAUUUACCAGCCCGCACUUGCAUAUGUUUAUGAGUGAGUGUAUUAAAUGUAUACAUUCAAUACAAAAGCCUAGAUAUGACAGUGAAUAAGAAUUCAUUUAAUUUAUAAUGCUUUAAUUUUGAUUCAUGGCUUAGCAAAUGGAAUUGUAUAUGUUAAAGUGAUCAACAGAGAUGAUAUAAUAAUAAAAAA